AGGGCAUUGGGCACAAAGCUCGGCUCAGGCUUGGCUUAGGGAGUUGAGAAGCAGGUUUCAGAGGAGGUUGCCCAUAGGCCAGAGACACAGCAGUGAGCACAGAUGGGUGAGGAGCCCCGCAGGGGGAGAGAUGGGCGGGGUCCUUUGGGGGACUGGGAGGGCAUAGCCAAGGGGCUGGCCUAUUCUGGUAACCACAGGCGGUGACCCUGGAGAUCUGCCCCAGAUCAGAUCCUCAUUUCUCAGGAGAGCCAGCUCCAACCCUGGCCAUGCUCGCAGCCGCGGGCUCCCUGGCGGCCGCCAUCUGGGCUGCGCUCCAUCUCCGGACUCUGUUGCUGGCUGCUGUCGCCUUUCUGUUCCUGGCUGACUACUUCAAAAACCGGCGCCCCAAGAACUACCCGCCGGGGCCAAUGCGCCUGCCCUUUGUGGGCUGCUUGCUCUAUUUGGACCUAAAGCAACCCCACAUAGCCGUACAGAAGUUUGUGAAGAAAUAUGGGAAUAUUUUAAGCUGGGAGUUUGCUAAUAUACCCUCAGUGGUUGUAACUGGCAUGCCCUUAAUCAAAGAAGUCUUUACUCAAUUGGAGCCAAAUUUUCUGAAUCGUCCUGUCACUUGUCUCCGAAAACAUCUCUUUAAAAAUAAUGGGUUGAUCUUCUCCAGUGGCCAGACAUGGAAGGAACAAAGAAGAUUCGCCCUGAUGACACUGAGGAACUUUGGAUUGGGAAAGAAGAGCUUAGAACAGUGCAUCCAGGAGGAAUCCCGACACCUUGUGGAGGCCAUAAGAGAGGAGAGAGGACAGCCUUUUGACCCUCACUUCAAUAUCAAUAAUGCAGUUUCCAAUAUAAUUUGCUCUGUCACCUUUGGGGAGAGAUUUGAGUACCAGGACAGUCAGUUUCAGGAAAUGUUGAGGCUACUGGAUGAGGCCAUAUGUUUGGAGUCAUCAGUGAUGUGCCAGCUCUACAAUAUCUUUCCAAGGAUACUUCAUUAUCUUCCUGGAUCACACCAAACAGUUUUCAGAAACUGGGAAAAACUGAAAUUGUUUGUUUCUGAUAUAGUUGACAAUCACCGGAAAGACUGGGACCCUGAUGAGCCAAGAGACUUCAUUGAUGCUUUCCUCAAGGAAAUGACAAAGGUGAGGUCUCAGACUACAACUUCUAUUUUUUUUAGAAGAAAGCACUAAAGUUUUAAAAUUAAUAGAAUCUCUUGUUUUCUUUCAGAAAAAGUGCAGGCUGAGAUUGACAAAGUGAUUGGUCAAGGAAGACAGCCAAGCCUGGCUGACCGAGAGUCCAUGCCCUAUACCAAUGCUGUCAUCCACGAGGUGCAGAGAAUAGGCAACAUCAUCCCUUUUAAUGUUCCCAGGGAAGGGGCAGUUAACACCAAGUUGGCUGGAUUUGACCUGCCAAAGGGAAUCAUGAUCCUGACCAACCUAACUGCACUGCACAGAGACCCCAAAGAGUGGGCCACUCCAGAUGAGUUCAACCCAGAGCACUUUUUGGAGAAUGGACAGUUUAAGAAGAGAGAGAGUUUUCUGCCAUUCUCAAUGGGAAAGCGAGCUUGUCUUGGAGAACAAUUGGCCAGGUCUGAGCUGUUCAUUUUUAUCACUUCUCUUAUCCAAAAAUUUACCUUCAAGCCUCCAGUCAAUGAGAAACUGAGCCUGCAAUUCAGGAUGUCUGUCACCGUGUCACCCGUCAGUCACCGCAUCUGUGCGAUUCCUAGGCUGUGAUGCUGAAGAAGGAAAAUGUGAAGAAAUAGCGUCUGCUUGGAAGACACCGGUGCCUGCUCACAUUUGAGGGGAUGGAAUGAAGGGGACUGGGGAAAUGGGUAUAAUGAGACUAAAGAGAUUGAAUCCAAUUAUAGGUUCCUAAGUGGAAAGCCAUUUAUGGGCUCAAUGACAGAUUUUCACCUAAGACUUUCAGAGAAAAGUGAUUCUUCCAGUAAAGAAAAUGCUUGCAGGGAUCGUGAGAAAUGGUGGAUUAAAUUGAUAUGGAAAUUGCAAAAACUAUCAUAAAAAUGAUGCCUUUACUUUGCCCCUCCUUUUUUCCUUUCAUUGAUGUGCAUUUGCUUCCAGCCUGUGGGCCUAGUUCAUAUAUAGGGUGCAGAAGGGAGGGUGUCCAUCAAGGCUCUCCCAUUGGCUAGGUCUGCAGCUGUGUUACAUUGAUCUGCCACUGAGUGAGCCUCUUGAAAGUCAGCAGGGCAGGAUAACUCCCAACAGGCAGGCUAAGCUAGUGCUGUGGAAGCAGUUUCUAUGAUUUACAUAUAGCAGUUGGACCUUGACCUAGGACUCAAGACAUGAUAAGAUAUGACCAUAGAAAAGCAAAUCCUGGAAGCAGGAACCAUUUUCUGUUAAUAACUUCUUGCCUAGAGUCCUCCAUUAGACAUUUACCCCUAGGCAUUCUCACAUAGGACUUUGCUGUGUUGGGUGUGAAUGUCAUUUGCAGCUGCCCUUUAAGCUGAAGUAGCUCUUGUUAGCCAGAAUUCACUGGGCCCCCAACAGAACAUUUUUCUGAAGGGCAUCAUAAAUGGUAGAAUCCUUUCUGGGUAUGAUCAAUGAAGGCAGUUAUAAAGUAGGUCUAAUAACACUGACUGCAAAUUUUUACCUACUUACGAUUAAAACAAGAAAAAAAAUUGGGAUAAAGUGACCGUCACCCCCAAACCUUUUGGUCCGUAAGAAGCUAGACUCCAGGGAUUCUAGAACAACAUAACAACAAACCAUGAUAUCAAGAAAGCAUGUGUCUGUGAUAGCCUGAGGUUCCCAAGGACAGAACCAAGGUGGCUAUGAUGUAAUGCAUGAGAUGGUAUAAUGCAACCGGGAUGUCAUGUAUAAGAGAAGAAUAAAUAAAUAAAUAAACAGCUUAAAGCUAAA